AUGUGUCCCUCCAUAGCUGGUUACCUUGAUUUUUAUACUAAGCAAGCAAAUGCACUAAAUAAUUAUGGAAAACCGCUUGCUAGUCCAUUUUCGGAGACAUACAAUCCAAAUUGGCAAAAUCAUCCUAAUCUCUCUUGGAGGCAGAACCAUUCCCCCAUAAAUAUAGGUGGAAAACAAGUGCAUCAACAAAGUCAAUUUCGUCCACCUACUCAAGCAUUUCCUCCCAUUCCUCAAUCAACUCCUCAGUUUAUGGCACCACUAAGACAACAACCAUCUUUGGAGGAGUCUCUCAAAACUUUCAUGCAAUCAACUAGCCAAGCCAUUCAAGAGAUGAAAAGUUCCACCUAUUUGAAUACUCAAGCUAUUUCAAAGUUGGAAAAUCAAGUUGGCCAGUUAGCAACCCAAGUUGGAGAGAGGGAAAAAGGAAAGUUUCCUAGUCAACCUAUACCUAACCCAAAAGGGCAGUAUGCAAUUAAUGGUUCUUCUAGUUUUACUCAUGCACAUAAAUCUGUUCAGUCUAUUACUACCCUUAGGUCUGGUAAGCAAGUUGAUAAUCAAGUGAAAAUGCCAGAAGUGGAGGAUGAUGAAAAUAUUGUGUUAAAGGAAAAGGGAACUCAUAGUUCACAGGAUGAUCAUAGAGAAAAGAAGGGCAACUCAACCUCAAUUCCGAUUCAGGAUCUUAGUCUCCCUUUGAUAGGAGAGGUUUUUAAGCAAGUGCAAAUUAAUAUUCCAUUUCUUGAUGCAAUUCAGCAAGUUCCUACUUAUGCUAAGUUUCUAAAAGAUCUUGUGACAAUGAAGAGAAAGACAAAUGUCCCUAAAAAGGCAUUUUUGAUAGAGCAACUUGGUAUGGGGGAGUUAAAACCAACAACCAUGACACUUCAAUUAGCUGAUAGGUUUGUGAAAAUCCCUAGAGGUAUUGUUGAGGAUGUGCUGAUUAAGGUGGAUGCAUUCUAUUUUCCUGUUGAUUUUGUUGGGUUAGACACUGAACCUACUCUAAAUGACAGUACACAAAUCCAUGUCAUUUUGGGUUGCCCUUUCUUAGCCACAUUCAAUGUUUUGAUCAAUUUUCGGAGUGGUGUGAUGAAGAUUUCUUUUGGGAAUAUGACUGUUGAGCUUAAUAUUUUUGACAUAAGCAAGCAAGUACUAGACAAUGAGGAUAUAUGUGAGGUUAACAUGAUUGGGAGCCUAGUCCAUGAUACUUUCCUACAAUCAAGUUGUGAGGAUCCCCUAAAUGCUUGCUUAACCCGUUUUGAUUGCAAUUUGGAUAUUGAAAAAUCAAUUGAGGAGGUCAAUGCAUUGUUGGAUUCUGUUCCUCUCUUAAGUAUUGAUAGCUAG